AUACCGCACGCAUACGUGCCCUCCGAUGAACAGUCGGUGGCAUUGGGUUUGGCCGCCGGCUCUAACUCGCACUCACACUCACACAUGACAUGUAGUUCCACUACAGUGUACUCAUUGACACCGAUGGGCGAUAUGAUAAAGGUCUCGCGACCACCCGGCGGACAUUUAGUCACUUUCAGCUCCACAUCAAACUCCACGUCAUCGGGAAGUAUAGUAUGCUCGCUGUCACCGAACUGUAGUUCCUGUAUCUCUCAACCGCAGUGUGCCUGGUGUUCGGCACAGACACCACUGCCCGGUAUCACUCGAUGCGACUCAUCGGAAAGCCUAUCAGCGAACGGCUGUCCCGACAAAGACAUCGUAAACCCGGCCUCUUCUGUAGAGAUUGUGAAGAUGAUGUGCAACGAUUUCGCAUAA